CGGGAUCACAGACCUGAACCAGUAGUGAAAAAUCCCCGCUGAAGGAUGGGUGAGAGAUUCUCCCAGCUGGGCUCUCUGUGGGAGGAUGAAAAGAAGUUGAUCCUGCCCCCUAACCCAGCCGUUGGCAGCAAGGCCUACUCCAGCACGGCUAGCAGCAAGUCUCUUUGUUCCCAUGUGCCUUGUGAAGGGGCCACUGGUGCCAGCUUUGUGACAUGUCCUACCUGCCAAGGCAGUGGUGAGAUCCCGCAAGAGCUGGAAAAGCAGCUGGUGGCUCUCAUUCCCUAUGGGGACCAGAGGCUGAAGCCCAGGCACACGAAGCUCUUCGUGUUCCUGGCCGUGCUCAUCUGCCUGGUGACCUCCUCCUCCAUCGGCUAUUUCCUGUUUCCGCGGUCCAUCACCGUGCAGCCUUCAGGGCUCAACUCAUCCACGGUGGCCUUUGACGAGGCUGACAUCCACCUCAACAUAACGAAUAUCUUGAACAUCUCCAAUAGCAACUACUACCCCAUCACGGUGACCCAGCUAACCAUCGAGGUUCUGCACCUGUCCCUCAUGGUGGGGCAGGUUUCCCACAGCCUUCUCCUACACAUCGGCCCUUUGGCCAGUGAACAGAUAUUUUAUGCGGUAGCCAGCAGGAUAUCGGAUGAAAACACAUACAAAAUCUGUACCUGGCUGAAAAUCAAAGUCCACCAUGUACUUUUGCACAUCCAGGGCACCCUGACCUGUUCCUACCUGAGCCAUUCAGAGCAGCUGGUCUUCCAGAGCUAUGACUACGUGGACUGCCGGGGAAACACGUCGGAGCCCCACCUGCUGGUCCCUCACCCACAGUGACCCGUCUGCUGUCCCUGUACUCCAGGCACCUACAAGCCUGGUCUGUAUCUCCCACAACUCCGUGGUGACCAAGGAAGGACUAUAGUGGCUUUGCCAAAGGAAAAGCUCUGCUUUGUUGUACCUUCACCCCCGACGCCUCAGCACAGGAAGCUUGCUGAAGUUAACUUCAUCCACGCACACCCUCGCAUCCUCUGAUUUCCCCAGGUCCUUUCAGGAGCCAGCAUCAGGUCCUGCCCUCGUUCUGUCUUGAGGGAAAUCCGACCUGGCCUUUUCUUGAGGUGCCUUAGAGUCCCUGGAGUGGCACCUGCCUUUUCUGUACUGAGCACCCUGGCUGCCCCGCUCCACUGGGGCUGGCUCUCCUGUCGGUGUGUUUAUCUGGCUUUUAAGUCAUGGACUCUUUUUAGAUUUUCCACUAGUGAUGAGAAAGUGACUGUGGGGACACUCACUGUUGUCUCCAAGGCCUUUUUUGGGACUAUAGAUGCUUUCCUGUGCCUGUCUGCUUUGGUCAUGUGAUAAAAUAACAGUGAUGGCCUGCUUCCCUCUGGUAACUUGUCCCCUGUCCAUCUGACAGGAGGAUUGGCCAAGGCCCUUUGGCCCUUUGUCC